AUGACUGUUCCAGGAAAGCUUAAGAAAGAUCACUAUACCUCAGUUGAAAAAGUGAGUGAAAAAGUAGGAGGUGCAGAAGGAACCAAGCUAGAUGAUGACUUCAAAGAAAUGGAAAGGAAAGUGGAUGUUACCAGCAGGGCAGUUAUGGAAAUAAUGGCAAAGACAAUAGAGUAUCUUCAGCCCAAUCCAGCUUCCAGAGCUAAACUCAGCAUGAUCAACACUAUGUCAAAAAUUCGAGGCCAGGAAAAGGGACCAGGUUACCCUCAGGCUGAAGCCCUGCUGGCAGAUGCGAUGCUGAAAUUUGGCCGAGAACUUGGAGAAGAAUGCAACUUUGGACCAGCACUUGCAGAUGUGGGAGAAGCUAUGAAGGAGCUUUCUGAGGUCAAGGACUCUUUAGACAUGGAAGUAAAACAAAACUUCAUUGAUCCACUUCAGAAUCUCCAUGACAAAGACCUGAGAGAAAUACAGCAUCACCUAAAGAAAAUGGAGGGUCGACGCCUGGAUUUUGAUUACAAAAAGAAAAGACAGGGCAAGCUCCCUGAUGAAGAACUUCGCCAAGCUCUGGAGAAAUUUGAUGAAUCAAAAGAAAUUGCUGAGUCGAGCAUGUUCAACCUUCUGGAGAUGGAUAUUGAACAAGUGAGCCAGCUUUCUGCUCUUGUACAAGCCCAGCUGGAGUACCACAAGCAGGCCACACAGAUCCUACAGCGAGUUACUUCUAAGCUGGAAGAUAGAAUAAAAGAGGCAUCAUCUCAGCCCAGGAGAGAAUACCAGCCCAAACCCCGUAUGAGCCUAGAUUUCACAACUGGUGACAAUACUCAGCACAAUGGAGGAAUAUCCCAUGCCACCACACCCAAACCGUCAGGUGUUCACAUGGAUCAGCCAUGCUGCCGAGCUCUGUAUGAUUUUGAACCAGAAAAUGAAGGGGAGCUGGGAUUCAAAGAGGGUGAUAUCAUUACUCUCACUAACCAGAUUGAUGAAAACUGGUAUGAGGGGAUGCUUCAUGGCCAGUCAGGUUUCUUCCCCAUCAAUUAUGUCGAUAUUCUAGUUCCAUUACCCAAUUAGGAUGGCUGAUCCACCACCUCUGACCCAGAUAAUUGUGUCAGUACCACUGCUUUCAGAAUGCUGCUUCUUACACCUUACAAGUGCAAGCUGCAGUGGUUAGAGUCAUCGAUUCCCACUGAGCAUCUUUGGUUUACGUGUUGUUGUACUGCGUGGUGGUGAUGCGUGGUAUCUUCCGAGUCAGCAUAGUGUGGGUUAGAUUUUUGUCCAUGCUGGCCUGGUGGUAACCAGAGUAAUUACUGAGAUGUGGCUGGGAAGAUGAUGGCAAGCAAAGCAGGUAAGUGAUAAUGAAGUAGCAGGAAGUGAAGGUGGUAUUGGGAAGAUAAUGCCUAUCACCACUGCAUUACUUUUCAGUCUUAGUUCUCUAUAAAAAGAGGGAGAAGUUCUUGCCAUUCUGUCUUUCUCUUCCUAAUGAUACAGUUCACACAGAUCUAACCCUGAUUAAACAGAAUUGUACCUUCCAGUCAAACUGGCUUGCUGUUCUCAC